GAAAGAAUAAAGAGAAGUUAGAAGUGAUUAAGUGUGGUAAUUGGAAUGAUGGGAGGAAAUGGGUACGUAGACACGACGAAAUCAGAGAGAGCAAUAUGGUUGAUGAAAUGUCCUCCUCUUGUUUCUCAAUCUCUCCGUUCUCCUCCUUCUCACCCUUCUCUUCCUCUUGCUAAGGUUGUUGUCUCCAUCGAUCCUCUCAAAUCCAAAGACGAUGAUUCUCCUCCCGAGUUUACUAUGGAGUUGGGUGGAAGUAAUCAAGGACAUGUUCCAACAUGUUUCGCUAUGGAUAUGUCUAAAGAUUUUCUCCCUAUGUCUGUUUUUUCUAACACAAUACAAGGAAAGAUUGCUGUCGAGGGAAAAAUAUUGAACAAGUUUGAUAUGAGGCCUCAUAAUCAAAAUCUUGACUCCUAUGGAAAACUCUGUCGUGAAAGGACAAACAAAUAUAUGGUUAAAAAUAGACAGAUACAGGUUAUUGAAAAUGAUAGUGGAGCUCGUAUGAGGCCAAUGCCAGGAAUGGUUACUUUUUCAGUUGCUGGACCUAGUGAAAAGAAGAAAACUACAGGGCGAGGAACAGAAACCAAGAGAACAAGAAGAGACAGAGGAGAAAUGGAAGAGAUUGUGUUUAAGCUUUUUGAAACACAACCAAAUUGGAGUUUAAGAAACCUCGUACAAGAAACUGACCAACCUGAACAAUUUCUUAAGGAUAUACUGAAAGAUCUUUGUGUCUACAAUAACAAAGGAACUAAUCAAGGCACCUAUGAACUGAAGCCUGAAUAUAGAAAAUCUGGAGAUUAGCUUCAAAUAGCUUAUCAAUUUGUAGUUUGUAUAAUACAAACUCGUUUUUUCAUUUAAUUACUCUAUUUUGCCAAAUGGAGCAGCAUGCAUUCUGUUGGUUUA